CUGCCGGUGAGCAUUUUCUUUCGGAGCGCAGACACCUUUGUAAACAAUGAUGCUUGCCGGGAUUGGCGAAACAUCAGCUGAUGGCACGUCAACAGCCAUUCAAACGGAAUUUGGAAAUACCGAAACAUCUUCUCAGGUCGCCGGAAUACAGGAUGGACGUGCGGAAAAGAAAGGACAUGGAAAGCAGUCAGGCCCGCGGAUGACCAAGACAUUUUUAAAAGAGCACUGUAAGCAGUACAAACUCUACUCAACACCCUGCCUGAAUGACACCUUGUAUCUGCACUUCAAAGGUUUCGAAACCAUCGAAAAUCUAGAGGAGUACACAGGAUUGAAGUGUCUUUGGCUAGAAAGCAAUGGGCUGCAUCAAAUUGGGAAUCUGAAUGCACAGGUUGACCUUCGCUGUCUGUUUCUUCAGCAGAACCUUAUACACAAGCUGGAAAAUCUCGAGCCUCUAAAAAGCCUGUGCACUCUAAACCUCUCCAAUAACCUCAUACAAACCAUUGAGAACAUUUCCUGCCUUCCUCAUCUUAAUACUCUGCAGAUUGCCCAUAACAAACUCGAGGGAAUUGGCGACAUAGAGCAUCUGAGUCAGUGUCCAUCCAUCAGUGUGCUGGAUCUGUCUCACAACCUAUUAAACGAUCCCGGUAUUAUUCCUGUGCUUGAAGACAUGCCAGAACUACGAGUCCUUAACUUGAUGGGAAAUGAAGUUGUGAAAAAGAUUCCCAACUACAGAAAGACCUUAAUCGUCCACCUCAAGCAGCUUACCUUCCUCGAUGACAGGCCUGUUUUCCCUAAUGACAAGGCGUGUGCAGAGGCUUGGGCACUUGGUGGGAUUGAGGAGGAACGCAAGGAGAGAGAACGAUGGAACACACGAGAAAGGAGAAAAAUCCAGGAAGGCUUGGAUGCCUUGGCAAUAAUACGAAAGAAAGCUCAGGAGAGGCAACGCCUGAAAGACGACCUUGAGAGAGGUGAAACCGAGACUUCAGUUAAUCCAGAGGCUUCUUGUGAGGAACCACCAGUUGAGAAAAUGCAAGUCUUUGUUCAGGACACCUUGGAUGCCCAUGCGGAGUUUUUGCAAAACCGAACAAAACAGCAGCCCCACAAAAAGCAACCAAACAACAAUUCUGAGUCAAAUAAAUAUGAUGAGGAAUUACACAAAGAAAGACCAGAGGGCAAUAAUGGGGAACAACCAGAGUGUGUGGUUCUAGGCGAUGAUGCAGGGAGAGAAGUGAACAUGACGCAUAAACUGCUUCCUUUGGUCAGCGUGACUUCUCCGAAAUCGUCACACGGUCCUGGGACACUUGUGACUGAAGUGGUGGAUGCAGAGCAACUGGAAAACAUUCCACUUACUGGACCACUACAUGUUGACGAUCUACCUGACCUUGAGGAUCUGGAGUCAGACGUCUCAGAAAUGUCUUCCCAGAUGAUGUUGAGACCAAGAAUAGAAGUAAUCACAGGGGAGGACAGUGUGGAUGAAUCAUUCGGGAAAAUUACACCUUUCAGUGCUGCUAAUCCAGUGUGUUUGAGUCCGUGCAAGUCAUUUACAGCUUCUAAUGAUUCAUUAAUAUACACAGAAGAUAGGGAUGCUUAUGAACCAAAUAAAACAUUCAAAACAAGUCCAAUAUCCUUUCCACCACACUGCCUGAUUGAAGAGCUUUAA